AACCCAAUGCUGAUGAUUAUUAUUCGAUAUUGGUUAUUAAAGUGGAUGACGAUGAAGAGGAGACUAAUGAAUCCCAAAAUGACCAGAUGAACGAAGAAAAACAAGAAAAUAAUCGAAUCAGAAUGAAAAUUUGCUCUUGA